AUGCUCGGAGCCGGUCAGAUUGUCGGUUAUCUACGACUCACUCCGGAAGAAGCUGUCCAACUUAAGAAGAUGCCCAUUUAUUUCAAUUUCUCGACUGGAUUCUCUCGUUUUCCGCCACACGAUGGCACUGAUUAUUUGAAAGUAGCCGUUCCUGGCGUUGGAUACACUCGAAAUAAUGAGAAAGCGAAUGUGUCGUCACCUCCAACAAACUCCGUUGCUGCGCGAGCUACAGCGCCUGCAUCGCCAGCAAGCACAACUAUGGGAGAAAAACUCGUUGCGCCUGCCGACAGUCUGAUGGCUAACACCCCUUGGUGUUGGACCGAACCUUUACAGUUCAUUGAUAUAGAAAGCCUUGGCUAUCCCGAGUCAGAGUCCACGAUGGGCAAUGUCGACGGAUUUUCCACUUGGUGGGAUUUUGGAAACUUAUAA